AUGUCGGAGAAAGUGGACACCAUCACCAGCAAGGCUGAGCCUGCAGCGCCAUCAAAGCAUUCCUCGAAGGAGGGCAGUAUCCAGGACGGAGUCGACAUUGUCCUUCCCGAAGGAGUUGACAUCGCACUCGGAUGGUUCGAAGAGAUGAGAACCAUUCCUCCGGGAGAGCUGGAGGCGGAGAGCAAGGCUGUGCGCCGCAGAUGUGACCUGAUUCUAAUGCCUGUUAUUUGCUUCACCUAUGCCAUGCAAUUCCUGGACAAUUCCGUUCUCGGAUACGCUUACGCCUACCAGUUGCUGCCAGACACGCACAUGACUCCGGGAGAUUACAACUGGCUGGCAAGUAUCUACUACUUCGGAUACCUCUUUUGGGCAUAUCCAUCAACGCUCCUCCUCCAGAAACUACCGGUUGCCACCUACACCACCAGUCUCAUUUUCACCUGGGGAUUCCUAACCCUCAUGUGCUGUGUGGCCAACUCAUUUGCCGGAUUUGCCGUUCUGCGAUUCCUGCUGGGCUGCCUCGAAGUCGGCAUCACCCCCACCAUGAUGAUCAUCACAUCUUCUUUCUACAAGCGAGAAGAGACUCCGAUCCGAAACAGUUUCUGGCAAUCGUCCUUCGGGAGUGGUGUGGUUAUGCUGUCCAUCGUCUCCUAUGGUCUCGGGAACAGUCACAGCUCCGUGUCGAACUGGAAACUUGUCUUCCUGUUUGUCGGAGCCGUCACCACCGUUUGGGCAGCCGUCUUCUGGUGGCUCGUCCCUAACACACCAACCGAGGCUCGAUGGUUGACACGUCGCCAGAAGCUGGUUGUCAUCCACCGCAUUUCCACCAACAAAAUCGGCAUCCAAGACAAGAAGCUCAAACCCCACCAGAUCAAAGAGGCCCUGACCGACCCCAAGCUCUGGCUCUUGACUGCUUUCCAAAUCACCAACGGUAUUUCCAACUCCAGCGUCUCGUCCUUUGCAUCUCCCUUGAUUGAAGGAUUCGGCUUCAGCGACCUGGACACUGUCCUCCUCCAAAUGCCUACCGGAGCCUUCGUGGCCGUGAUCGAACCCAUUCUCGGCUAUAUUGCGACCAAGAUACCGAACACCAUCAUCUACAUCUCAAUCGCCGCAAACAUCCCCAACGUGGCUGGACUGUUCGGAAUCCGGUUCAUCGAUCGAACUCCGGGCAACAAAUGGGCUUUGCUCGGCUGUACCUGGCUGCAAUUCAUCUUUGGCGUGACCAAUCUGUUCAGCUGGACUCUUACGGCCUCCAACUUUGCCGGACAUACCAAACGAUCAUUCGUCAAUGCGGUCAUCUUUGCCGCCUUUGGGGUCGGCAAUCUGAUCGGUCCUCAUAUCUUCUUCCCCCGUGAAGCACCUGUCUACAAGUCCGCCAUCACUGGUCUGCUUGUUUGUUUUGGAUUGAGCGUAAGUCUUCAUCUUUUGCAUUAG